AUGGGUGAGGAAGGCCAGGCCCAGGAAUUCUUGCUCCUUGCUGCCCAAGAAACAUCUUCACUUUCAGGAUACACUUUGCAUGUGACUGAUGUGAGUGCCAGCUAUUUAGUGAAGUUGCCAGGCAUGCUGGAUCCAAGUCCACUGUUCAGUGAACAGCCUUUGGCCAAGAGGAGUGAGAUGUAUGACUGGCAUUCCAAUUGCAAUACGUAUUUUGCACUCAUGGGGAUACUCCAUUUUCAUGGCCUCUACAGAGAGGAGCAUCAGGAUUUUAAGGAGGAGCAAAUGCAUCUAAAGAAGUUUCUGGAAAGCAGAAACCAUAGAAAGGAGAAGAGAAAAGAGCAGCAGCAACAACAACAAAAAAUAGUGUUGGCCUGUGGAGAAAACUUCUUCAGUGACUGA